AUGCUUUUCAACACUGUCAAUAGUGACGCCAUGAAGCGAAAUUUAUCUGACUGGAUAUUAGCAGCCGCUCUUGUCGUGUAUUUCUUCCUUGUAGCAGAACAAGCAAAACCAUUCAAUAGACAGUUCUCUCUCGCUGAUGAGAAUAUUCAACACCCAUUCGCCGAAGUUGAAAGGGUUUCUGGAAUUCAGUGUUUGUUCCUUGCAUUUUUUGUACCAUUUAUAACCAUAAACCUAGUUACAUUAUAUUUGAAAGUUAAGCACAACAAGAGUCAGCACGAGCACUUCUACUUAUUGCAGAUUUCCACACUUGGGUUAUUGUUGGCGCUCUCCAUAGAUGGUGUAUUCACAGAUAUCUUAAAGAAUUGGAUAGCAAGACCCAGGCCCGAUUUUUUGGCAAGAUGUGCACCUGUGGAAGGUACUGAUCCACUUGAAUUGGUUGGAAUCGAAGUUUGUACCGCACCGUAUGGUCAGAGGAUUCUUACCGAUGGAAUGAGAUCUACACCCUCUGGCCAUGCCUCAAUUUCAUUUUCUGGUUUGUUGUAUUUGACAUUGUGGUUAUGUGGCCAGUUCAAAAUUACUGAAAGCAAGACACCCGUCUAUAGAGUGCUUCUUGCAGUGCUACCAGUAGUCGGUGCCCUCUACAUUUCGUUAAGUAGGACUCAAGAUUACAGACAUCAUUUCAGCGAUAUUGUUAUCGGAGGAAGCAUUGGUAUCUCCAUUGCAUUGGGAAUUUACCACAAGUAUUUCCCUAGUAUUUUCUCUGAAAAUCCAGAAAAGCCACUUAUUCCAAAUGAAAUCGAUACCGUUUUACCAAUGUAUAGUAGAACAAACUCUCAAGCUACAUAG